UGCUUAUCGAUAAGCGAUAAAGUAUACACAUAAAAAAUUAAAUUGCAGCACCAGAACCAACGCACAUAUUUAUUGUUCCAAGUGCGAGGAGUGCUAAAAACAAAGAGCGAAGAGCGUGUGUGCGACUAAACAUUUUGGGGCAGAUACAGACAGAGCGACCGGAACCAGAGCCAGCCACGGGCCUCAACAACAAGGCACAGGGCAAGGAACUGAACAGCAGCAGCAGGCAGAACAACGUCGACGACUACAGCAAUGAACACACUGAGCCCCAGCACCAACGGAGCAGCCAGCGGUGGCUCCCCAAUGGUCAUAUCCACGACAGGCAACGGUAACGGGAACGGUGGUUCCAGCACAAACGUAGCAGCGGCCGGCACUGCGAACGAUGGCGGCGGGGGCGGUGGCCUCGACGAGGCUGGCGGCGAUGCCAGCUCACGGCGGCAGGCGACUCGUGUUUUCAAGAAGAGUUCGUCCAAUGGCAAAAUCACCGUGUAUCUUGGCAAGCGGGACUUUGUAGACCAUGUGUCGCACGUCGAUCCCAUUGAUGGGGUGGUCUUCAUUGAUCCCGAGUAUGUCAAGGAUCGCAAGGUGUUUGGCCAGGUGCUGGCCGCAUUUCGCUAUGGUCGCGAGGACCUGGACGUCCUGGGGCUGACAUUCCGCAAGGACCUGUAUUUAGCGCAUGAGCAAAUCUACCCGUCCAUGCAGCUGGAACGCCCGAUGACCCGUCUUCAGGAGCGACUGAUUAAAAAGCUGGGCCCCAAUGCACAUCCGUUCUACUUCGAAGUGCCACCCUACUGCCCCGCCUCGGUGUCCUUGCAGCCGGCCCCCGGAGAUGUGGGCAAGUCUUGCGGUGUGGAUUACGAGCUGAAAGCAUUUGUGGGUGAGCACGUCGAGGACAAGCCCCACAAACGGAACUCGGUGCGCCUAACCAUACGGAAGGUCAUGUAUGCCCCGUCCAAGGCCGGGGAGCAGCCUUCGAUUGAGGUGAGCAAGGAGUUCAUGAUGAAGCCGAAUAAGAUCCACCUGGAGGCCAGUCUGGACAAGGAGCUGUACCAUCAUGGCGAGAAGAUAUCGAUCAAUGUGCAUGUGGCCAACAAUUCCAAUCGAACGGUCAAGAAGAUUAAGGUCUGUGUGCGGCAAUUCGCCGACAUUUGCCUCUUCUCGACGGCCCAGUACAAGUCGGUUGUGGCCGAGAUUGAGUCGGAGGAUGGAUGCCAGGUGGCGCCUGGCUUCACUCUGUCCAAGGUCUUUGAGCUCUGCCCCAUGCUGGCCAACAACAAGGACAAAUGGGGCCUGGCCCUGGACGGACAGUUAAAGCACGAGGACACAAAUUUGGCGUCCAGCACUCUGAUCACCAAUCCCGCCCAGCGCGAGAGUCUCGGCAUAAUGGUCCACUACAAGGUGAAGGUUAAGCUGCUAAUCAGCUCGCCGCUGCUGAAUGGCGACCUGGUUGCCGAGCUGCCGUUCACGCUAAUGCACCCCAAGCCCGAGGAGGAGGAGCCACCGCUGCUGGGCGAGAGAUCGCCGCGGGCCAGCUUGGCGGCGCCCCUGCUCAGCUUGUGCGACAUGGAAGUAGACGGCGCAUCAGGGUCCGGUGGCGACCAGGGACAACAGGAUGUGCCCACCACCACCAAUCUGAUCCAGCUGGACGACGAAGAGGCGCAGGAUGAUGACAUCAUAUUCGAGGACUUUGCCCGCUUGCGUCUGAAGGGCGCCGAAACGGAGGCCUAGAUCGCUGCUGGCUGGUGCCCCGUCCCCCUAGAACUUUCGAUCCCACUGUAAUCGAGCCUAGAGCUCGCUGCUGCAGUGCCGAUCGAUCUUUAGAUAUGUAUGUAUGCGCAGCUAGGACACGCGUGCACAACAGAACAAGAACAAGAACAAGAAACUUUGAAUGUCCAACUUAUUCAAUUAGUCAUAUUUCGGCAUUUUGUAUCAUAUAUGAGAAAUUCGCGCAGCCGCAGCCUAAUGUAAAGUUUUAUACAGUAGCCAAUAGCCACGGUAAAUAGUUUUUUGGUGUAAGCUAUUUGAUAUGUGUAGGCCAUACGUUCUAGUAUCUAUAGAGUUAAGCUGAAAGUGUACGAAUUUUAAAAAUGUGAAAUUGUUUAACAAAUACACAACCUAUACACGAACACACACACAUAAACAUGCCCCCCCACAACACUCACACAGAUACGCCAUGUAAUUUACCACACACACACACACCCACGCCUGCAACAGUUGCAAGAAUGCACAAAAAUUAUAUUUAUUUAUCUACGAAGCACACAAAAUCUGUUCAUUUAUGUUAUGCCUAUCCUUAGCGAUUGAAGUGUGUGCACACAAACCCCCAAGUUUGACAUUAAGCUGAGAUUUAUGGGGCUAGCACAACGGACGUUGUUUGACUUGUCGUUGUGGUGUGGCUUGCCCUAUCGGUGAAGCCAAUUCGGAUUAUGUUUUAUACAGCAGAAGCAGAGUGAAAGGCACAAGCAUUUUACCAUCUUGUAUGGAAUGAAUAUGAUUGUGGAAAUACACGAAAUAUGUAAUUCAAAAUAACUCACAUGAUCCGCAGAGGCAAUAUCUGCACGCUUCCAAGAACCAAUUUGAGUUGCUUUAAUGAUUUCUAAACAAUUCCUGUGACUUUACUUCUGCUCCCAAUUGGCCAAGUCCGGAAUCGAAAUUAAGGAAACGAAAACGAAACGCACAUUACUUUAGAAACACACAAAUUGGAAUUGGUUCCACUAUAUCUAUAUAUUUUUAUGACAACCUUUUCAAUGAAAAGUAAAAAAAAGUCUCUAAAUUUGGUUCCUUUCAUUUAUGGGCGGCGCCUGCUACGAAUGACUUAUAUGAUAUUUAAAAAUACUUGAAAAAAUUCAAGAUAUGCUUAGGAAAACUAAAAUUGAUAACAAAAUAUGAAUAUAAUCUAAAUUAAGGCUUUUUAAUGCGAACAUAAGCUCGAAUUUGUUUUUAGAACCCUCCCCCCACCAGCGGAAACAACAGAAAUGAUAUGUAAAUAUCAUGUGAACAUAUUUUAAAGUGCAUUUUUAUAAGGCGUGUGCCAGUACGUUCACACCGAGCGUAUGUGUUUGUUAGAAUGUUUUUUAGAAUGGGACGAAAUGAUUGAUUGAAACUGGAACAAGCAAACAAAUAAAGAAAAAACCGAAUGAAGGUAAUUAACAUGAAUUGUGCAUUACAGAAUGGUUAAAAUGGAUACAAUAUGUCAACAAGUAAAUGAAUAAAUAUAUAUAGAGCAAUUUAAAUGUAUGUGUAGACGGAAUACUAAAUAAUGUUUAUACAUAUGUGAAUAUAUAUAGUAAAUGUACAUUAGAGCGAGUGUAAAGCAUUUAAGCCAUAGCCUCAGCAUGUGCCCAUGAAUAAUAUCCCUCAGAAUUGCUUAAGAAAUUAGUCUCGGACAAAUAUAAAUAUAUAAAUCAAAUUUUCAACAUUAUUUGUAAAGAUUUUAUAAUACCUUUUUAUAUAUUUCGUACAUACACAUAUAAGUCGGAGGAGAACCUAC